AUGAGACUCCCCACACUCCUCACUCUCUUGCUUUGGCAACUGGCUUGGCUGGACCUGGAAUUCAUCUGUACUGUGUUGGGUGCCCCUGGUUUGGGCCAGAGACCCCCGGGGGCCAGGCCAGCGCUGACCAAAGCAGAGGCCAAGGAGAAGCCCAACUUGGCCCGGAACAUCUUCAGGCCGGGGGGUCUAGCUACCAAUGCCAGGGCAAAGGGUGGCAGCGGGCAGACAGGAGACCUGACCCAGCCCAAGAAGGAUGAACCCAAAAAGCUGCCCCCCAGAUUGGGUAGCCCUGAGUCCAAGCCAGGACACCCUCCCCAGACCAGGCAGACUGCAGCACGGACUGUGACCCCAAAAGGACAGCUUCCUGGGGGGAAAGCGCCCCCAAAGGCAAUAUCUGUCCCCAGCUCAUUCCUGCUGAAGAAAACCAGGGAACCCGGGUCCCCUCGAGAGCCCAAGGAGCCGUUCCGUCCGCCCCCCAUCACGCCCCACGAGUACAUGCUCUCGCUGUACAGGACAUUGUCCGAUGCUGACAGAAAGGGCGGCAACAGCAGCGUGAAGUUGGAGGCUGGCCUCGCCAACACCAUCACCAGCUUCAUUGACAAAGGGCAAGAUGACCGAGGGCCUGUGGUCAGGAAGCAGAGGUACAUCUUUGAUAUUAGCGCCCUGGAGAAGGAUGGGCUGCUAGGGGCUGAACUACGGAUCCUGCGGAAGAAGCCCUUGGACACAGCCAAGCCAUUGGCCCCCAGCAAUGGGCGGGCUGCCCAGCUGAAGUUGUCCAGCUGCCCCAGCGGCCGGCAGCCGGCAGCCUUGCUGGAUGUGCGCUCCGUGCCAGGCCUGGACGGCUCUGGCUGGGAGGUGUUCGACAUCUGGAAGCUCUUCCGAAACUUUAAGAACUCGGCCCAGCUGUGUCUAGAGUUGGAGGCCUGGGAACGGGGCCGGGCCGUGGACCUCUGUGGCCUGGGCUUCGAUCGGACUGCUCGGCAGGUUCAUGAGAAGGCUCUGUUCCUAGUGUUCGGCCGUACCAAGAAGCGAGACCUGUUCUUUAAUGAGAUCAAAGCCCGCUCUGGCCAGGACGAUAAGACCGUGUAUGAGUACUUGUUCAGCCAACGCAGGAAACGGCGCGCCCCCUUGGCCACUCGCCAGGGCAAGAGACCCAGCAAGAACCUCAAGGCCCGCUGCAGUCGGAAAGCACUGCAUGUCAACUUCAAAGACAUGGGCUGGGACGAUUGGAUCAUUGCGCCCCUUGAGUACGAGGCCUUUCAUUGCGAGGGGCUGUGCGAGUUCCCCUUGCGCUCCCACCUGGAACCCACAAACCACGCGGUCAUCCAGACCCUGAUGAACUCCAUGGACCCUGAGUCCACACCACCCACCUGCUGUGUGCCCACGCGGCUCAGUCCCAUUAGCAUCCUCUUCAUUGACUCUGCCAACAAUGUGGUAUACAAACAGUACGAGGACAUGGUCGUGGAGUCCUGUGGCUGCAGGUAG